CUAGAAACACUUCGUUUUGAACCAGUUCACACCCAGUUUUCUUCGAUUUGACUUUUACUUUAGAACCAUGAAAAUAUUGAUAAUUUUCGUUUACGCUCUAGCGAUCCUUUGUGCAUCGCAAGCAAAAAUGUUCAAGCGAUGUCAGUUUGUUCAUCAGUUAGCACAACACGGCGUUCCUGAUUGGCAAAUACCGACUUUUACUUGCAUCGCACACUGGGAGUCAGGAUACGAUUCAGGGAAACUUGAUUACAAAACGGGAACGCACGGAAUAUUUCAAAUCAACGAGCGUGUCUGGUGUUCUCCUUUCGAAACUCCAGGACGGGAAUGCAGAACAACUUGUAGUCAGUUCCGGGAUGAAUACAUCGCAGAUGAUAUUGCGUGUGCUUUGAAGAUUUACAAGGAUACCCUGGAGUUAUCUGAAAUUGGAUACGACGCGUGGGGAUCUUACUGGGAACACUGCGCUACUGGAAACAAUAUGGAAUAUGUUAAGGGUUGUUACUGAUUUAUCUUGUUUAUACUGGGAAUUAACGAUUAUAUAUUUAAAUAAUUUUAUAAAGUAAUGUUAAUGUAUUUUUUGUAAUAAUUAAAUAAUUAUAUCUCAUAGAAAUAAAA